ACCAACGUGUUCCUCUCUCGCAAUCUCGUAGCUCCCGAGGUCUACGACGCCGUCCACGACGCCCUAAAGCUCAACGGCGCCAACGUCUUCCUCUGCUGCGAUCCUUCUAGAAACAACCCCGACGAUUUCCACGUCAUCUCUUCUUCUGACCACGAAAAGUUCGAGGUUCUCAAAUCUAAGGGGUGCAAUCUCCUCGGGCCACAAUGCAUUCUCUCCUGUGCGAAAGAACAUAGAAUUUUGCCUAAACAAGGUUAUACCUGUUGUCUUGCAAUGGAUGGCGUUAAAGUGCUAGCCUCUGGAUUUGAAAGGGACAAGAAGGUGACAAUCGAAAAACUAGUGACUGCUAUGGGUGGGAUAUUGCAGACAAGGGCAUCCCUAGAUGUCAACUUUGUCGUUGUAAAGGAUGUUUUAGCUGCUAAGUAUAAAUAUGCUUUAAAUGUUCUUAAGAAACCUAUUCUCGACCUGAACUGGUUACAUCGGUGUUGGAGUGAGCAUCGUGUCGUGCCUCAGGAGCCUUUCAGAAUUCUUCCUUUUACUGGCUUGACAAUUUGCGUCACUAGAAUUCCUCCAGAUGAACGAAAGGAGAUCGAGAAGCUGAUUGUACAGAAUGGCGGCCGUUAUUCUGCUGAUCUUACAAAGAAGUGUACUCAUUUAGUUUCAGAUGCUCCUGUUGGUGACAAGUAUGUGGUUGCAAAAAGAUGGGGCCAUAUUCAUGUUGUUACACGCAAAUGGAUUGAUCAGUGUAUCGCUAAAAAAGGUUGUCUAGAUGAAGGGCCUUAUGCCGUUGAUAGAACUCCUAAAUCAUGUAAUGGCAUGAAAACUUUGCAGAAAGAACAAUGUUAUCAAGAAUUCAGUAACGUGUCUUCUCAGCCUGCUUCACGACCAGCAGUUGAAGACCUUGAAGCUACACUGUCACAGAACAUAGCUUCUUCCUUUUCACAUGAUCAUGUGAUAAACAUUAAUCGCUAUGAAAAAAGAGAAGUCCGGCGCUUGGCUGCUUGGGGUGUCAUCCAUGUGGUAAAAUCCUCCUGGCUGGAAGAAUGUGAUCGGACAAAGAAAGAACUUUCUGUAUCCUCAAGGCACGUUGCUGUGGAGCUACUAUUCUCAAAAGAUCGAUCUUGCAACGUUUCUGACAUCAAGAAGGCAACGAGCUCCACUUAUGUUCCUUGUAUGCCCAUAGGUCCACCAACUGAGGGUAAACUGUCUGCAGCACAGUUGAUACCAGAGAGUCGAAUAUGGAGAGAAAAGUCCGGAAAUCAUGUAAAUAAUGGUAGCUAUGCAGAAGCAGCAACUAAAUAUGAUCCUCUUGCACAAUUACCUGCGAUGAAUAAUGAGCGAAAAAAUGCCUGCAGAAUGGAACCGAAGUCUUACAGUUUGAGCGCCCAUAACAGCAGAUCAUCCGACAUCUUUAAGGGGAAAUCAUUCUGCUUUUCUCGUUCAUUCCCUACGGAACAGAGAGAUGAAGUCAUUAGAUGGAUUAAUGAAGGCGGAGGAAUGUUGGUGGAUGAUCAAAGGAAAAAGAAUGCAGAUUUCAUUGUUGAGCGCCAUGGUCUGCUUCAAUCUGCUACUGAUGUAUCCCACUCUAUUGUUGUCUCCACUCAUUGGAUACGCUCUUCACUAGAUGAUGGUUGCAUGCUGGAUAUUCAAAGUCACAUUAUUUACUCGCCUCUGUGCUGUCAUAUUCCGCUACCUGGCUUUGAAUGCCUUCGGUUCUGUGUUUCUCAAUAUGAAGAGAAGGAUAGAUUGUUGUUGAAGAAUUUAUCUGUUGCUCUUGGUGCUAAAUUCUCAUCCAAGCUGACCAAAAAAUCUACCCAUUUAAUCUGUAAGUUCACUAAUGGUCCUAAGUAUGAGGCUGCUUGUAACUGGGGGAUUCAAUCAGUUACUGCAGAGUGGCUUACUGAAUGCAUCACGCAGGAUAAGAUGGUUCCUCCUGAUGCAUUUCGACCUAGACCAGUCACUGUUGAGGACAAGGAAGCAGGUUUGUGCACUGUGAGUCAAUAUCCUACACAAGCAGCUAACAUGGUUUCGGGACCACAACAAUUGCUUAGUCAAUCUCAGGGGCCAAUGAGUAGCCUGAAAGGGACUACUGUUAACUCUAGUACGUUUGGAAAAAGGCAAAGAUUACCUGAAUCUAACAAUGAAGGUGAUGCAUCUAAAAAGAGCAAGGUUCCUGAAGAUGUUAAAGGUGGUUCCAAUUCGAUUCCUGAUGUGGCAGAUGCUAUCGAGGACUUGUUAGCGCAGUCAAAUUUGAUCCAAGACAUGAAAUUGCCUGGCACGUCGAGUUGUGAUCAAAGUAUAUUCUCAUCUGAUCACUCAUCUAUUCUUGGUCAAAAUCAUCCAAAACCCCGCUCAACUUAUGAUAUUUCGAGACUUUGGUUAAAUAGAACCGAGAACAAAGAGCUUGUUCCAAAUCGUGUAGGCCAUGAAGGAAAAGUUGGCGGUUUUGAUUCUUUCAGUGAAACACAAACAGAGUCUCAGGUUGUGGGGUACGAAGAAGAUUUAACAGGAAGACAAAAGAUAAUCGAUAGGGUUCGAUCACAAAACCUAACCUUGACUCCAGACAAGUGAAUCGAGCUUCGUAAGGUGGUAUCCCUCCCCAUUUUUUUUAUUCUCUCUGAUUUUAUGUUUGUACCUUGUAUCUUUAUCAAGAGGCGAUAGGGCGUGAAUUGACCAUUUCAGGAGCAUUAUACUGCAACCCUCGGCAUAAGAUAUACCUGUAAAGAAUAUCGAAAAGCAGAAAAUAUAUGUUUUUGAUUUCAUUUUGCAAUGUUGUAUCAUCGCUGUAAGCGGGUGAGAGUUCAUGUGCGCCAAAUCAUGUGCAUCAGAAGAUCAAUGCGAUGUUGUCCAUGCUCCCUUUUGCACUGUUAGUGGGUUGCUGUAUGUAAAUGUAAGAAUACAUUUAAAACUGUUGUAAUGAAAAUGUAGCUCUUUCUCUUUACA